AUGAUGCACCAAUGGAAACCCGUCUACCCCGCGGCGCAGCUGCCCAACUCGCACGCGUACCCAGCGGUGCCGGGCGGCAGGAACGGCACCCCGUCUCCGGACGCCGACGCCGACCCUGGGCGGCCGCACGAGUGCCGCCAGUGCGGGCGGCGCUUUGCCAAGUCGGACCAGCUGACGGGUCACAUGCGCAUCCACACGGGCGAGAAGCCGCACCCGUGCGACUUGUGCGGCCGCACGUUCUCGCACUACGGCAACCUGAAGACGCACCGGCGCACGCACACGGGCGAAAAGCCGUACCGCUGCGGCGCCUGCGGCCGCGCCUUCUCGCAGUGCUCCAGCCUCAAGACGCACCAGCGCAUCCACACGGGCGAGAAGCCGUACUCGUGCGACGUGUGCCCACGGGCCUUCGCGCAGUACUCAAGCCUCAAGUACCACAUGCGCACGCACACGGGCGAGAGGCCCUACACGUGCCAGGCCUGCGGCAAGAGCUUCAGCAUGUCGAGCCACUUCAACAGGCACAGACGCAUGUGCUCGAACGCGCUUUGCGAGAUGGAGAGUCAACCCACGAUGGAGCUGCAACAGCAGGAGGACUUCCCGGCGUGGCUUGAGGCGCAGGGCGUGAACGAGGAGGUGGCCCGGGCCAUGGACUCGGAGCUGGGCAUCCGGGACUACGGGGUCUUGCGCGCCUGCGUCGGGGACGCGUGCCUCCGUGCCGAGCUCCUGUCCACGGCGCGCGACCGCCUGCCCUUCGGCUUCUACGCCGUGCUGCGGCAGCCGCUGUCCGGCGCGCUUCGCGACGUGACGCUGGCGGGGCUCGUGGAGGUGCUGCUUGCGCUGCUCACGGGCCUGAGCCGCGAGCUGGCGCUCUCCGUGCAGAAGCUGGAGGCGGUGAGCGGCGGCGGCGCCUUUGUCGGAAGGUUCCUCGCGAAGGACGAGGACUACCAGACGGAGAGGGACGAUGACGAUUCGCACCACGGCAACGCCGGCGACUUCUCCAACGACGACGCCGAGAGUCCAGUCCCCGAGGAGGAGGAGGAGUGCGAGUGGCGGCAGCACAGCGACAGCAGCCCAGGGAAGAGCCUGGAGACCCUGUCUGGCUUCGUGCUCCCGGACGGCAGUACCCUGGAGUGCGCGCGGCAGUACUACGCCGCCUCCUCCGCCGCCGCCGCCGCCGCCAAGGAGCGCAGCGCCGCCUACGGGGCCGCCCUGCAGCUGCAGCAGCUGCAGCAGCUGCAGCAGCAGCAGCUGCAACCGCAUCAACAGCCGCAGCAGAGUCAGCAGCAGCAGCACAGCGUGGACGAGAUGAUCGCGGCCGCAGUUGCCGCCACCGCUGCCGCCGAUCCCCACCACCUCCAACACCACCAACAGCAGCAGCAGCAGCAGCAGGUGGAGGAGGCGGCCGCCGCCGCCGCCGUGGCGUCGAUCAGCAGCAAAGGGCGGCCGCGCACCAACCGCCCCGACGCGCUGGCGCCGAGGCGGCAGCAGUACGAGUGCCGGCAGUGCGGGCGCGAGUUUGUGCGCUCGGACGCGCUCAAAGCGCACAUGCGCAUCCACACGGGCGAGAAGCCGUACCGCUGCGGAGCCUGCGGCCGCGCCUUCUCGCAGAGCUCCGGGCUCAAGACGCACCAGCGGGUGCACACGGGAGAGAAGCCGUACCGCUGCGGCGUGUGCGGGCGCGUGUUCGCGCAGUGCUCGGGCCUUCAAGUACACAUGCGCACGCACACGGGGGAGAAGCCCUACGUGUGCCAGGGCUGCGGCAAGAGCUUCGGCAUAUCGAGCCACUGCAACAGGCACCGCAAGAUGUGCCUGCUCGCCAACGCGAGGCCGGUUCACGACGAGCGGUGACGGGUCCGUCUCCCGAUGGGUCUCUUUACGCGCGGUGAUCAUUGGGAGUCGCUCCUGAAUUAGUCGGGUUUGCCGGCAGUGCAGCGUGACGCUGAGACUAAUUCCCUCCCCUCACCCCCUCCCUCCGCCGCCCCCUUUUUCCACUGACACAUCUGAGCCGAGCCAGCGCCGGGUGACUGGCAACACGGGGUGGUUUUCCCAACUGCGAGCUGGAACCAAACCGUGCUACGUUGGCCUCGCAAGAAGUCUGUAUCUUGCUCGAGGGCCAAGCUCCGUGCCCGGGCGGAAGUAAGAACACGUUCGCAAAUUGAAUGUGAUUCAUACAAAAAUCGCUAUGGACUUUGUUCCAUUCGCGAGUGUUGCAGUCCCACGAGCCGGUGCUCGUUUUACUGACCCCCGAAGGGACGAUCACGGUGAUGACGACGAAGAUGAUGACGACGUUGGUGACGACGAUGAGGGUGAGCCGACCCUUGCCGCAGGAUCUCAACUCGCAACCUUGAGGUCUUGAGACUGCUGCUCCGUACAAAUGGAACCGUGUCGAUGUAUGCAUCCUGUACGUGUGCGUGCUAAACGAAACUAUUUUGUAUCUUAUCAGUUAAGGCCCACUGAGCUAUUUUUCAGAAUCGACUUGGCCACAAAUGAUAGCUCAACGAACUCGUGACCUAUUUGCCAGGCGAGGCAGAUAGCAUUUCUCCACCGGCACAUACAGUCAGUCAUGCAUUGAUGUAGCUAUGGGUAUGACUGGAGUUCCCGUGAUGGUUUAUGCUCCGUUGACGAGAUCGGCAAGGCAGUUUACCAUCUCGCAAAGCGAUCUGAUCGGAGGCGAGUGUGAACGUGGGUCAUUUUCUACUCUUCCCAGAGGUGGUGUAUUUAUUUAACUGAGUGGGGGGGUGGGGGGAGACCUUAGGUCCCUGUUGGGAGUCAGGAUGUGAAGACUACUAUUUUUAAAGCAUCCCGCGUAAUCGGUCGCAAUUUUAAGCCGAUUGCUCAACGGAAUCGUUGAAUCGUCUCGGUUGUACAUUGUGUUUUUUGCUGAGCGGUUACAAGGUGGGUAGUCUAGGCCAUGGACAGGUGGCCGCUAAUUUAUAACAAGCAUAAAUGGGUCAGCAUUUACGCUAUUGGAACCUCAUUUGCCAGUAAAAAAUAUGAUAAUUGUUUUUUUACCCUUUUAUCUGCCAACGAAACUGACACCUUUUUUACAAGGAGUCGUGUUUGCACCUUUUGGCGUCAUCUGGUCCAACACCAUGUGAGGCUAGGCUCUGAGGAAAGCUGUCUCGGGUGUGGACCAAUAAACUUCAAGGACAGUACAUACAUUAUCGGAGUUAUGUUUUUUGUUUGCAUUAUGACUGCAGGUAUUGUGGUCUAAGCAAACAUGACUCCUUGUAAAAAAAGGUGUCAGUUUUGUUGCCAGAUAGAAUGGUAAAAAAACAAUUAUCAUAAAUGGGUUCAUCGUUGAUUAUAGCAUGAAGGUACCCAGUGGUAUUAGUUUAUGAAGGCAAUGCUUGCUUAUGAGUGUCACUGAAAUUGAACAGAUUCAAGGGCAUCUGUGAUAGUGCAGUCAGUGGCAUUCGUUUGAGUUCAAACCUUGCUGAUGGACUCUGUUAUGGUAACAUAACGAAUCACGUGUUUGGCAGUUGCUGCGUUUUAUGUGUGCAACAACAACAAAAACAUCAUACCGAUGUAUUCGUAACUAAAAUCGGGGAAAAUUGCCAAGGCCAUUUCGUUCAAGAUAUGAAUCUGGCUCUUUAACAGCUCGCAUCCUCGUAUUUUUUUAAAAUGUAAAUGUUGGAAGUAAAACUUUCUAAACGAGAAGCGUUUGUUUUCAGAAGAAUGGUCGGGCUACGUGGCUAUGUCGUCGGUAUGGUUAAACAUUCUGCUUAGCCUCCAGUGUUUUUAAGUUACGUGUCUUUUUUGCAAAAUAACACAUUGCUGCGGAGGGAGCUGGUAGGAACGUUGGGUUGCUCGGUCAAUGGCCAGGGUCAACGGCGGCGUGGUGUAUUCCGCAAAUAUGGCCGACUGUGAGGGCGGGCACAAGCCGGCGUGAGUAGGUUAAACGUUUAAGGGCACCACGGGGUGACCAGCCCCUCCCCACCCAGCCCCACCCCUCCCACCCCCCACCCAGCCCCACCCUCCCCUCCCCACCCAGCCCCUCCCUACCCAGCCCCUCCCCACCCUCCCCUCUCCACCCAGCCCGACCCCUCCCAUUUUUGGAUGCACGACGGACGGACGGACACAAUAAUCCCCUGUGGGCUGGUGUAACCAGGAGGUUCCUACCAGUAAAAAUUGUUUACUAUUGCUUGUACAACACGAAGUGAAUUACAUGGGUGCAACUCAUGAACGACCGAUGUCGACUCAACUUGAUCUUCAUUUUGAUUUAAAGCUUUCGUGACUGCAGGGAUUCACAUUAUUGGUAACAAUAAAAUAAAAAUAUAAAACAAGAAAAAUGUUCACGACGUUUCGUUUGCAACACAAGCAAUCAUCAGGUGUGAAACCCACAGCAAGAAAAUUUGAAAAAAAAGUGCCGGUUUUUUGUUAGUUUAAUUUUUAAAACACCACUUUUUUUUACACAAGCAAUCAUCAUCAGGUGUGAAAACCACGGAAAAAAGUGGCGUUUUUUUUCUUAAACUAAACUAAGAAAAAACGCCGCUUUUUUUUCUUCAAAUGUUCUUGCCGUGGUUUUCACACCUGGUGAUGAUUGCUUGUGUUGCAAUCGAAACGUCGUGAAAAUUUGUAUUGUUUUAUAUUUUUAUUAUUUUAUUGUUUCCCUUCUACGUGACUUUACCGAAAGAAAUCGUAAAAAUAGCAAUGGUUUUGCUUCUUUUGUUAGAAGGUCGACUUGUGUUUUGUUUUGGUUCGACUUCAGACUGACAGCUGUAUUGAUGGAUUGCAUGCUGUUACCCAGCGAUGUGCAUAUAUGUGUGUGUGUGUGGUCACCCAUUCACCUGCAUUGUGAAGUCUCCUGUUCAGAUGUAAAUGGCAAUACUAAAUAAACAUGA